AUGGUUAAUUUAGAAAUCCUCUUCUUCUCCGUCCACUGCGACUCCUCCUUCUCCGGCGGCGACCACCGCAAGCUGAGCACCAAAUUCUCUGGCGAGAUCAUCCCCCGCAACAAGCAGCUCGGCCUCCACGAGUACAAAUUCCUCCUCAAGACCAUAGUCAGCUCUGACAUCGGCGAGGAGACCUACGUCCCCCAGAUGGUCUUCGACGGCCGCGAGUCCCCCACCCUCUCCGACGGCCUCCUCGAGAUGGACGAGUUCUUCCUCGACAGCAUCCCCGCCCUCCUCCGCCGCACCGCCGUCCCCCCCUCCGACAUCGACCUCCUCGUCGUCAACAUCUCCAUGCUCUCCUCCGCCCCCUCCCCCGCCGCCCGCAUCAUCAAUUUAUACAAUCUGAGACAUGACGUGAAGGUCUACAACCUCGCCGGAAUGGGCUGCAGCGCCUCCACCAUCGCCAUCAACAUCAUCGAAAACAUCUUCAAAAUGCAAGCAAAUUCAACAGCAAUGGUCGUCACAUCCAAAUCCCUCAACCCCAACUGGUACAUGGGAAACGACACUCUAAAAUGCUCGCAAACUGCCUCUUCCGCACCGGCGGAUGCGCCCUCAUCCUCACCAACAAGCCGACUCUAUCGAAAAAGGCGAUGUUCAAGCUGA